AUGGCAGGGGCGAGUGCCGCUGCGCCGCGGAGCGCAGCGCAUCUGCCGCCCGGGACGCGCGCGCGCCAUGCGCAGCAUCUUGCGGGGCUCGCGGAGAGCUACCUGCAGAUAGCCGAUGCGCCGGGCGCCGCCGCGAGUCCCGACGUGGCCUCGGCGACGUUUUAUGCGUCGCACGCGCUCGCGCUCGAGCCGGAUUCCGUCCAGGGGCGCCGCGUGCUGGCGACGUGCUACAUGAUGGGCGGUGCAGAGCUCGUCUUUCCUUUUGCACCCUCCUCGCUGGGACACGCGUCGCCGCCGGCGCCAAACAUCGCGUCGCGCGCCGGCGCCCUCGCCGCCGUGCACCUCUUGCAGCGCGGCGCGAGCGCGACGUUUGCCGACGUGCAGAGCGCGCGGGUCUAUGCGACGGCCUGCACUGCGCUCGGGCGCUUCCGCGAGGCACAGGACGCGCUCGAGUGGACGAUGCACCACGCGACACAACCACCCGAAACGGCCCCGGAGCGCGACCGAGACGGCGCGUACGCCUCGCAGGUCAACACGCAGCUCGGGCGCAUUGCGAUGAAGCAGGCGCGGUACAGCGACGCGGCGGCCUACUUUGCAGAGGCGCGCCAGCACGAUCUGUACAACUGGGGGGCCUACACCGGCCUGUGCGAUAUCGGCAUGGCGCCGAGCGGCCCCGAAGCGUAUGCCGAGGCGAGCACGAGCACGAGCACGAGCAUGCGCAAGACGGACAGGCCUGAGCCGCAGCCGAUGAAGCGCGCGCGGCCGGACGACCGCCGAGACGACGCGCCGAGCGGCCCAAGCACCCGCCCGACACGCCCGGUGCGCCGCGUGACGCCGCGCGCCGCUGCGUUGCGCUCGGGCAUGGCACGCACGAAUGCGGUCCCCCCUCCCCCAAAAGAUACCAUGGUGCCGCCCGUGCCGAGCGUGCCGAGGCGCCAGGCUUCGGAGAUGGCACGCGGCACGCUCGGCAUGUCGCGCAAUACCAACCAGGCGACCGAGCGCCCGGCGCCGCAGCCGCCCAAGCCGGAGCGGCGGCCGCCGGUGCGCCCCGCGCCCAAAAAGCCCGAGGCCAAGCCGCGGAUGCGCCCUGCGAGCGCCGCGUCGCGCACCGACAGCGGCCUGCGGCGCAGUACUGACGCGCCGCCCCGCCCCGAGGCGCGUCCGGCCGUGCGUGCAGAGAGCGAAUCCGAGCGGUACACGCUGCAGCUGCUGCGCGACGUCGGCGAGGCGUACCGCCUGGUGCGGCUGUACCGCGGCCGCGAGGCGCUGCCGCUGCUGGACGCCAACGCCGUGCCGCCGGGCUCGCUGCGUGCGUGUCACCGGCGCAUCGCAAGCAUGCAGUGCCUGCUCGCGCGUGCGCUGCACGACUGCAGCGAGUACGCCCUGGCCGAGACGCACUUUGCCCAGGCGCGGAGCCAAGAGCCUUUCUUGCUGAUGCACAUGGACAUUUACUCGCUGGUGCUCUUUCAGCUGCACCGCGAGGUCGCGCUCUCCGCGCUUGCGCAGGACCUGCUCGAGAUUGACCCCCGCGCGACGGUCGCGCACAUUGCUGCCGGCAACACCUGGUCGCUGCAGCACCAGCACGACGCGGCGUACCAGUGCUUUGUCCAGGCGACGCUCGUGUCGCCCGAGUGUGCGUACGCCUACACGCUCGCCGGCUACGAGGCGCUGGAGCUCGACCAGCCCGUGCGUGCGGUGCGCCUCUUUCGGUGUGCGCGCCGCUGCGACAAGCGGCACUGGAACGCGCUCGCGGGCCUCGGCCAAGUAUACCUGCGCGAAGGCAACGCGGCGCUGGCGAGCGAGGCGUACGCCGAGGCGUUCCUGAUCAACAGCAGCAACCCCGUGCUGCUCGACCUGCUCGGCUACGCCCUCGAGCAGGCCGGCAACCUCGACGGGGCCUUGUCAGUGUACCAGCGCGCGAUCCGCAUGAACCCCAAGGCGGCCAUGACGCGCCUCAAAAAGGCGCAGCUCCUCCUAAAGACUGUGCACGAGGCGCAGCACGAGGUGCGCCGUGGCGAGGUCGCCGCGCUGACCGGCCGCGAGAUUGCGCAGCGCCGGGCGGCGGCGCACGCCGAGCUGCUCAAGGUGUGUGCGCUCGCGCCGAUGGAGCCGCAGGUGCACCUGCUCCUGGCGCGCUCCUACAUGCGCCUCGGUGGCGGCCGCUUUACGACGAGCGACGCGACGAGCGACGCGACGCCACCGUCGUCGCCCGGUGGCGGCGUGCGCGAGGCGCGCCUUCCCCGGCAGUACGCCUCCGAGAUUGCGCACCACCUCGCGACAGCCGUCGACCUCGAUCCCCGCUGCGUACGCGAAGUGAGUGCGAUGGGCGAGGGCGCAAAGCUCGCGCUGCACGCCGGUGGCAACGCGUCGAUUGCCGAGGACGACCACGAAGAGAGCCAGUACGACGGCGCGUUCCUCGACGAUGGGCACUCCGUGCUGACCGACGGCGAGAGCAUCGACGGCGAUGCGCUCAUGCUCGACCCGGCGCACCCCGUGCUCUACGACUCGUCGGGGAGCGCCGAGAUGCAAGCCUCGCACUCGUUCGUCUACGAGCAGAUUGAAUCGUAG